GGACACCGGGACAGGGGCAGGAACGGACGGGCGCUCCGGGGGAAGAGGCAGAGCAGCCCUGCCCGCCGAGGUGAGCGGCGGCCAGGAGAGCCGCAGGGGGGACACGGCUGCCUCAAACGGGGACGUGUUCGCAGAGGAUCUGCCACCCACCCUCUCUGCUACCAGGCUCUAUGUGGGACGGAGCUGGCCAUGGAGAAGUUGUACUUCGCGGGGAGCAGCAUAUGGACCAUCAACAGCUCUCUAGGGAACGGCAGCCUCCGCAUGGAGAACCAGACCUCCGGGAGGAACAGCACCACGGACCCCCUGAAGAGGAACGAGGACAUGGCCAAGGUAGAGGUGACGGUCCUCUGCCUCAUCCUGUUCCUUGCCCUGACCGGCAACCUGUGCGUGCUGCUGGCCAUCCACACCACCCGGCAGAAGCAGUCCCGCAUGUACUUCUUCAUGAAGCACUUGAGCAUCGCUGACCUGGUCGUGGCCAUCUUCCAGGUGCUACCCCAGCUCAUCUGGGACAUCACAUUUAGGUUUUAUGGGCCAGAUUUCCUCUGCCGGUUGAUCAAGUACUUGCAGGUAGUGGGGAUGUUUGCUUCCACCUAUAUGCUCUUGCUGAUGUCCUUGGACCGGUGCUUGGCCAUCUGUCAACCGCUGCGGUCUCUGCACAGGAGAGCGGACCGGAUCUCUGUCCUCCUCACCUGGCUGCUAUGCCUGCUGGUCAGCAUUCCACAGAUCCACAUAUUUUCUCUGAGGGAUGUAGGGAAUGGGGUUUACGACUGUUGGGCAGAUUUCAUCCAGCCCUGGGGACCUAAAGCCUAUGUCACCUGGAUAACCCUGAUGGUCUACAUCAUCCCUGUGUUGAUGCUGAGCAUCUGCUAUGGCUUGAUCAGCUUCAAAAUCUGGCAGAACGUGAAGCUUAAGACAGCUCAUGGGCCCAACAUGAGCUCCAGCUCCCACAGUGGGACAACAUUUGCCAGGGUCAGCAGCACCAGGCUCAUCUCCAAAGCCAAGAUCCGGACAGUCAAAAUGACUUUCAUCAUAGUGUUAGCUUUCAUAGUGUGCUGGACUCCCUUUUUCUUUGUGCAGAUGUGGUCUGUGUGGGACAUGGAUGCUCCGAAGGAAGCCUUCCCCUUCAUCAUCGCCAUGCUCCUGGCCAGCCUCAACAGCUGCUGCAACCCCUGGAUCUACAUGCUGUACACCGGGCACCUCUUCCAUGACCUGAUGCGGCGCUUCCUCUGCUGUUCCACGCACUACCUGAAGUCACGGCCAACGUGCGACCUGAGCAAGAAGAGCAGCUCCUCCUCCUUCGUCCUCAGCUGCAAGAGCACGAGCCAGAAGAGCUUCAUGCAGCCACCCAUGAUGUGAGGGCAUCGCCUUGUGCUGCCACCGUGCUGCCUUCCCUGUGGAGAGCUGGGAUUUGGACAAGCAAGGAGGGUUCUAUAUAAAUAGGUGUAUAUAUGUCUGUGUAAGCAUGUACAGGUAAUAUACAGAUAUAUCGUAUUUAACUGAGGCAGGAGUGAGGGGAGGACUGCUGUUGUCCAGGUUUCAGUGCUGCCUGGGACUGGACACCAGAAACCCACUUCCAAGCCCCCAAAUCAUGACAUUGGUGGCUUUUAGAUACCACUGGGAAGAACAGGUUCUGCCCCAAGCUAUCCCACACUGCUGGGGCAGGUGUGCCAUGUUCCCACUGGAUGCAAGGGGCAGGGUGAUGGAUGCUACCCUGCACACAGUGUUGGGCACUGUCCCACCUCCUCCUGCAGCAGGAGCCCCACAGGAUGCCAGCAUCUGGCUGGGGCAGAGCAGCAGGCACCACGCUCUCAACACGGGUAUACUUGCUUUGCUUGAAGUAUUGUGUGGCAGAGGCAGCCCUCUCCCUGCAUCCCUGCAUCCUUGUAUCCCUGCAUCCCUGUGCUGCCCGGGCUUGUCAGUGGCACUGCCAACACAGAGCAGGGCAGUCCUGUCAUCAUGGGUUAGGGGAGCAGUGGGGACAGGGGUGGGGACAAGCCUCCCACAGGGCAACAUUAACACCCGGCUGCCCCUAUCCUGCCCAGCUCUGCUCCAUGUGCCCUGCAAGGCUGCUCAAAUGGGUCAGCAGGAGUCAGGGGAGCAGACACGACUGCAGGGCCAGGGGAUCUGUGCAAUAACACAUUUGCUGAGUGUGCUCUAAAGCUUCUCCAAAGGGAGGCCUGUGGGAUUAUAGCUGGACUCCAUGGGGUUUAACAGAGGAGCUCCUGUGGAGUCCCCUGAGGCUGAGCUUUUGCUUUGGGUUUACGCAGAUUGCAUUUAGUCUUUUACACCAGUGCAAUUUUCUUGCUCUGUAAUGCACAAGGUCAUGCUUAUGGCAUGGAUUUUUUAUUGUUAAGAAAUACCUGUAUAUAAAGUUUUCUGACUGCGUCUUAAGAAAAGCAGGAGGGGAAGUGCAGAUGGAGCAAUAGACUAUGAAAAUAAAGGAAACUGAUGGGAAGCAACGCUUUAAACCAAAGAUCCAAGUAAGUAAGGAUGCUUUUAGAAAGUAAUGCACCAAGCACUUAAGACCUACACUCCGCUUUAUUCCAUAACACGGAGCUCACCAUGCCACAGCCUUUGCGGGGUGGGAUGGCUGUGGUGAAGGGCAAGUCUCACUGAAGGCAGUGUGAGCUUUCCCAUGAAUUCGGUGGCUGUGGGAUCCAGUGGCUGCAGACAGAUGAGCCUGCCUUUGCUCACACCGCCUCCCAGAUUUGCAGCCAGGGAAUGUGCAGGAGCAAGGCCUGUGUGCAAAGGGUAAUAUGAUUUGGCCUUACGUAUUGGGAAUGAAUACAAAAAAUGCAUUUGAGCGUGAACUUGAUCUUUUCCCUGUCAUCAACAAGUACAUUUCACCUUUCAUAUCCUGGCAUUCCUUCUAUUUUUCUGUAGUAGCUUCAAGUGAGCUCUCAGCACAUUUACUGAACACAGCCCAGUACAUGCACUCUCAGCAUGUUUUACCAGGCAGGUUUAAAUCCUUAGGAAAGCAUACAGCAUCUUCCUCCCCCUCUCUGGCCGAGUGAUGCUGCAGCCCACCGCCAGGCUCCUGCAGCAUCCCCAGCCUGCAGUGGGAUGGGGAUGGGGAGCAGAGCUCCAGGUUUGUCGGAGUGGAAGGAUAUCAGAUGUGCUGCAAAAAGACUUUUAUAGGGGUCAGAAGCAAAAAAGAGGUGCUGACACAUGAGCCCAUGCAUCGCUGCUAUGGGA